AUGUCUCGUUCCUCAAAGAAACAUGUACACUCAAAACAAAAGAAUAUUCAAGUUGAUCAUGAUGAAGACAAUAAUAAUAAAGUUAUAUUACAUGAUAUAAUUAAUCAGUCAAAUAAAAAGAAAAAGAAAAAAAGACGACGUAAUUCAACAUUAACAAUAGAUCAUACAAUAGCAUCAGUUAAUAAUAAUAUUGAAAUAAAUAUUCAAACAUCAUUAACUGAAAAUUGUAUUAUAUAUAGAAGUAAAUGUCCAUGUGAUACACAUUAUAAUAAACAAUUAAUUGAACAUAAUUAUGAUUUACCAGUUGAUAAAUUAUUUGAUUUAAUAUUUGGUUCAAAUGAAUUUGUUCGAACAUAUCGAAAAGCUCAACAUUUCUUUGAUCAGACAGAAACUGAAUGGUUAAUAAAUGAAGAAACAAAUUAUUAUGAACGAAUACUUGAUUAUAAAGUACCAUUUGAAACUCGAUUACUUGGUAAAAGCACAAUUAUUACACGUGAAAAACAAACACGUUUUCAUCAUGUGCCUGGUUCUCAUUAUGUAGUCGAAACUGAAGUGUGUAAUCAAGGUAUUAAAUUUAGUGAUACAUUUGCACUUAUUAUACGUUUUUGUCUUAUUCAAAUAUCAUCAACAACAUCUAAUCUACUUGUAACUGCUCGAAUUCAUUAUAUUAAAACAGUUAAUGGUUUUAUAAAACAAUUUAUUGAACGAAAUGCUUUUUCAGCAUCACAAGAUGGUUUAAAAGAUUUAAAUGUUCGUCUUAAUACUCUUCAAAAUUCUUCUAUGGACAAACAUUGUUUGACUAAUGGUGAAGUAACAUUAGCAAAAUCUAUUAUCGAUCAUGUUCGUCGUAUCAGUCAACCUGAUAUACAUUCUGUACAUCAACCAUUAUCUAAUAAUAAUACAAAUAUAGGAAGUUCUUAUGAAGAUAAAUUUAUGUAUAUUCUUAUAUUCUUGGUUGGUAUUCUUUCUAUAAUACAUAUUUAUUUAUAUUAUAAACUUACACAUACAGAUUAUCUACUUGAUAAAUUAACUAAUUUAUUAAAGAUUAAAACAACAAAAUUAAAACAUAAAAUAUCAGUACCUGAUGCACGUAUAUGUCCAGCAGUUAGAAGUUAUAUUCAUUAA